AGAAAGUCAGACAUGAUGUUGACACUUUGAUCCUUUGUGUCAUAAAACACUUCUUAGUCCACGUAAUGUGAUGCAGUCCUAAAUGAGGUAGUGAUCCAUACAACCUGCAGCAGGUGUCCUGACCAUGGCUAAAGACGCGUUGGCAGAGGCCGGCUGUUAUUUCGACGAACUCAACAAGCUCCGUGCCCUGGAGCCUGAUGUCAGCCAAAAGACGUCCGAGCUCAAAGAAGACUGCAAAGACUUUUUGGACAAAAUCGUCCAGUUCCUGAAGAUUGUCAGCGGCCUGAUGGAGCUGGUGGAUGAGUUGGCGAAUGAGACGGAGAGAGAGAAAUUGAAGGCUCUCGGGACGAGAAACCUUCUGAAGUUUGUGGCCAAACAAAGGGAGGCCCAGCAGCAGCAACUCCAAGUCCUUAUUGUGGAGAAGAUGAUGCAGCUGGAGCGACAUCGCAUUGAGUACGAAACCUUGUCAAAAGUGGAAUUGGAACAGAACGAGUUCAUCAAUCAGUACAUUCUGCAGAUGUAACCGAGGAACCACAAUCGCGUGCCAGAAAACGAACACACCGGAUGCCUUUUCAAAGUAUCCUUGUUGUUAAUGUAACUACAUUAUGAAUAAAACCAAACAAAGGUUGUUAGGAACGUC